GCGUCCGUCGUCACGUCCUUCCGCUUGUACUGUCGCGCGCGGCGAAGUCUUCUGUGGAUAGACGACGCAUGGGCAUUCUGCGCUAUGAUAUUUAAUAUUACCCUGAUGGUUACCAGUGCUUUAUAUCUGAGAGGCUACGUGUUUCACCCUCGAUGGGCAAAGGUAGCGCUCUAUUACACGAUAGCCCAAUGCUUUUAUGCAGUUGUCUGGUGUUCCCGGCUAUCCAUUUUGUUUACAGUUAUACGAUUGGCAUAUUGGGGAACCCAGAGGAGGCUGCUCAUGUGCACUGCAAUCAUGUUUGGCGUUAUAUGGGGUUUACUGUUUGCACAAGUGUGGUGGACCUGUGAAUCGAACCCCAGUUGGAAACUACAACCACGUCCGCAGUGCCCUCUCGGCAGAGAUGUCGCGAUAACACAGAUCGUUACCGAUGUUUUAGGAGACACCGUCCUUAUCUUGGCUCCAUUUCUUAUCAUUUACAAAGCUACAUUGACGACCGCGCAAAGAGUCCGGGUGAUUUGCCUCUUUUCCACCUCAGCAAUCACCACAGCUGUCAGUCUCACUCAUGCAUAUUACGUCUUUACUGUGGGAGGGCUAAAGGAGGGAGUGUCUGCUAUGUUCGAGGCGUCUGUAUCCCUGAUCGUCGCGAACUUAAGCGUGGUUGUUACAUUCUUCUUGCGCAUGCUCGCAGAAGACGAGACGAUCUCGCGACCGAUGAUAGAUUCGGGUUCUAACACUAUACAAUUUGGAAGAGUCGUCGAAGAUCCUUAG